AAUGAGCUGCUUACAGUCAGUUUGGGAACCGGGUUCGGAGCAGAAAAUGGCGUCUAGCUUCCUGGACGAUUUAAUCUCGAACCCGUCAGCGGAUGCCGACGCUGUCUCCGCGUUAGUUGGAUCACUUGAGAGCCAGUUGAGUAAUGCAAAUGUUGGUGCUAGUAAUAACACACAAGGCGGCGGCUUGGCUUUUACGACAAGCUCUACCUCAUCGGUUCCUCCACCGCUGCAGCCUGCCAUUACCCCGUCCGCUGCCACCACAACGGCAACAUUCGCGGGAAACUGCAGUAGCCUGCACGCAACAACAACUUGCGCGCCAGCAGCAUCAGUUCCGAUCGGAUCGGCGCUGUCAACGGUCCCUUCUUCAGUCUCUUCUAUUCAUUUACCAAACACCACCACCGUCCAUUCAAUACUUCCCAAUGGCAAUCCCAGUGGUAUGGUCAACAUCCAACAAUUUGCAGGAGGUGCUAUUGGUCUACCAAAUGGCACAGUGGUCACAAGUUCAGGGAACGUUAACACAACACUGUCUGGUAUGGUGAUCCAUCAGCAACAACAGAAGAUGGUAGCGUCAACAGCUACUUCUCAGCAACCUACGAUGAUCAUUCCGACUAAAGUUAACCAAACAGUAGCUUCAACAACAGUGAUGGGACAGCAACAGCAUCAUCAACAACAACAACAACAAACUGUGCUGAACACUAAUGGAACAGUCACCCUGAAUUCAUCUCAAGUGUUAAGACAGGGGACCCAAGUGGUUCAACAGCAGCAGCAGACGACCGUGAUAAAUAGUGCGGGGACAGGAAUUCUUCCUGCGGGUGUGCAAGUAGUGAACAUGAAUGCUAUGAGGCCGCAAAACGUACAAAACCUACAAAAUAUGGCCGCCUUGAACAAUCCAGCUCAUCGGACGCUUGCUCCUCGUGUGAUGUUGGCACCUCAACAGAUGGUUGGUGCUCGACCUGGACAAAUGGGAAUUACUUUACAAGCCUUACAAGGUUUCCAGGCUGCGGGAGCUCAGGGUCACUUGCUCGUCAAAACCGAAACGGGACAGUAUCAGCUCUUACGUGUCGGUCCCGGUCCUGUAGCCGGCACGACAGUUGGGUCACAAGUUGUAACUUCAAACAUUCCCUCGUUGCAAAAUGUGGCCCAACAGCAGCAGCAGCAACAACAACAACCUCAACAACAGCAGCAACAACAAAAUAUUCAACAAUUAACAACGACUUCGAACGCUGUGCCCACGAUGAAUCAAAACGUCGGGGCUACUUAUCGUUUGCAAGUCCCCGUGUCCACAACUAUUCAACCUGUGUCCGCUACGACUGCGGCACCUGUUGGUGGGAGUGUGUCUGUUACCCCUACGAACACUUCGGCUCCCACCGCAGCCCCAGCAUCAAAUCCAGCCAGUAAUUCUGGACAGAUGACCCCCGACACGGCCAAAGUCAAGUGCAAAAACUUUUUGUCCACUCUGCUACGUCUAGCGAGUGAACAGCCGGAAUCUGUGGCCACUAACGUUCAAAUGCUCAUUCAGGGUUUAGUUGAUGCGAAGGUUGAACCAGAGGAGUUUACAACGAAGCUCCAAAGAGAACUCAACUCCUCUCCUCAGCCUUGCCUCAUUCCAUUUCUCAAGAAAAGCUUGCCCUACUUGAGACAAUCCCUAGCUUUACGAGAGUUGCAUAUUGAUGGAAUCCGACCGCCAGCCUUAACUACGGUCAACGCUCCGCAGCCCAUGGUUAUACAACAACAACAUCCUCAACAACAGAGUGUUGUCAACCGAGUGAACGCCGGGCCAACGCAGAUACAAACUGUACGGCCAAUGGGUGGGCAAGUUCGACUCCAAACACCUACAAUGGUUGGCGCCUCUGCUGGCACUCUACCCGCUCCACGGCCACCUAGACCAGCAGCCAAUAAAGCCACUCCAAAGGCCAAAGCAGCCCAGCAGGCACCUAAAGUGACUGCCACGACAACGGCGGCCGCUGCCUCGACCACAAUGACGGCUGUUUCUACUAUCAAGACGGAGCCUUCCAUUACUUCCGAGUCCCCAGCGCCAAUCGCUUUUACCAUCCACCUGCCACAAGUCGGAGGAGUAACAUCAGCGCCGACUGCCAUAACGCCGGGUCCUACACCUUUGGUCACGGUAGCAUCGACGUCUUCGGUUCCGACGUCUAGUACGGCAACAAAGCCAACGACUUCGGCGGCAACAGUUUCCGUUGGUCCGGGUGGUAUCAAAGGUCCCCUACCUGUACCAACUGGGCCCAAAGACGCUUCGAAGGAGAAAAAAGCUUUUACGUUUGGUUCGUCUCUAGCUGGUCUAGCGGACAAUGACAUCAACGAUGUAGCGGCUAUGGGUGGAGUUAACUUGGCAGAAGAAUCGCAGCGUAUUCUUGGCUCCACCGAUAUGAUUGGUACUCAAAUUCGAUCCUGCAAAGACGAAAAUUUCCUUUUCACCGGUCCCUUGCAGAGGAGAAUCCAACAAAUUGCCUCCAGGAACGGUCUAGGAGAUCCUAGUCCGGAAGUAGUUUCGCUUAUAUCACAUGCCACUCAAGAACGAUUGAAAACAUUGUUGGAAAAGCUUGCCGUCACCGCCGAGCAUCGAAUGGAAGUUGUCAAAACAGACGCUCGUUACGAAGUCCAACAGGAUGUCAAGGGUCAGCUAAAAUUCCUCGAGGAACUGGACAAGUUGGAGCGACGAAGGCAUAGCGAGAUUCAACGCGAAAUGCUUUUGAAAGCAGCAAAAUCACGUUCGAAAGCUGAAGAUCCUGAACAGGCAAAGUUGAAAGCAAAAGCAAAGGAGAUGCAACGAGCGGAAAUGGAGGAACUGAGACAACGCGAGGCCAACAUGACAGCCUUGCAAGCUAUUGGUAUAAGGAAAAAGCCCAAACUCGACCUGGCUGGUACUACCGGCUCUUACAACCAGGUGCCUUUACGACCGCGUGUCAAGCGCGUAAAUCUUCGGGAUUUACUGUUCCUGCUAAAAGAAGAGAAAGGAACUAUAAGAUCCCCUCUGUUGUAUAAAGCUUAUCUCAAGUAGUCUUCUUUUGUCUCCCUCAUCUCUUAAAAAAACACACACACACGUAAGCGUUAAGUUGUUUGCCCAUCAACAUGCCUGUGAGAGGUGCACAUAAGGUUUCCCUAUGGGAGUAAAAAAAUGAAGCGUUUUAUUGGAGGGGAAAACAAGCCUCUGUCCGUCACACCGACACUCUUUAUGUUAAUUAAGAGCAACGUUAUGCAACCAUGUCCUUGUUCUCUUCUCCUCCUUCUCCUCCUCGCGACAUAUGUCCCCCGCCCAUCUUCUGUUGUACAUACUGUUGAUUUAUUUGUGCGGGGGGUGGCGUGAAAAUGUUCUUUUCUCUCUAUUUCAAUCUAUCUAUCUCUCUGAAAUGAUUAUGUCUUUUGUAUAAUGUAUCAGUGUGUGGAUGGUUAUGACGAAAUCAUGGAAUGCUUUAUAAUGACGCCACAUUUCAAUCUUGUAUCAACUUAAGAGAUUCAAUUGGAAUUGGGACCUGGUGGACGUUCACCUUCCCAUUCCUGAAUCUCCUUUUUAAUUCAAAUGUUCAUUUUUCUUCCCAUCGCAUUCGAAUGCAGUGCGUACGUGAUGUCGGACCAAAACAAGAGAGGCGAAGAAAAGAAAAUUUACGUUUUUUUUUUAAUUA